AUGGUGGGGAAGCACGGAGACGUUGGCGACUUUCAGCUGUACCGUUACAAACCUAGUCUCCCAGCAGCUGUUAUAUUCAUUGUCCUCUUCGCCAUCACUACAUUUAUCCAUGUCUUCCAAUGCUGGAAGCAUCGUUCGCUCUUCAUGAUAGCCCUCAUAGUAGGAGGUACCUUCGAAUUCGUCGGCUACGCUGGCCGUGCCGUCUCCGCCCACAACACCCAGAGCCUAAACCCCUACAUCAUCCAAACCAUCCUCAUCCUGCUGGGCCCCUCCCUCUUCGCCGCCACCAUCUACAUGAUUCUCGGCCGCCUCAUCCGCCGCGUCGACGGCGAGAAGCUCUCCCCUAUCCGGGCCACCUGGCUCACCAAAAUCUUUGUCCUCGGCGAUGUUCUAUCCUUCCUGCUCCAAGGCGGCGGCGCGGGCAUCAUGUCCGGAGCGAACAAAGGCGACGCGAAAAAUGCCCAGAGCAAAAUCGACCUCGGCCAGAAGGUCAUCAUCGUCGGUCUAGUCCUGCAGGUCAUCUUCUUCGGCACCUUCGUCAUCGUGGCCGGCGUCUUCCACAUGCGCGCGCGUAAGGUGACGCAUAUUCAGGCGCUCGGAAUCCCCUGGGAACGCUGCAUGCAUGUGCUGUACGCGACCAGUGUUCUGAUCUUCGUCCGAUCUAUUUUCAGGGUGAUUGAGUAUGCGCAGGGGAACAAAGGGUUCCUUAUCAGUCAUGAGAUAUUCCUGUAUAUCUUCGACAGUGUCCUCAUGCUGGGUGUUAUGGUUAUUUUGAAUGUGUCGCAUCCCGGGGAGCUGUUGGACCCGAGAAGGAGGGAGAACCCGCACCAUUUGCUAGAAGAGAGGGAUAUGAACAGGGAACCUCCUGCGUAUCAAGGGACCAAUAUGGGUUACCCUCCGGCUUCUAAUAUGCCGUAUGUCGAAGGCCCCCAACCACCAAAUUAUAGAUGAGAGAGUCGAUGGGCUGGAUUGGAAAAGAAGUGACGUUCUGGGCUUCCGGAGUUUCGGUGUUUCUUACAACAUAAUAAUUAGAUUGGGUAUAUAUGGUUCCCUUUGUAUAGUAGUCUAGAUGAGUUACAAGAAUCGAUCACUUUGUCC